CUUCUUCUGCGCGCUUCGCUCAGAAAUAGACUUGCUCUGACGCCGAGAACAUCUCGCCGGAAUCCGUGAUAUAGUCUAUUGUAUCGGAAAAUCGACUCUCUGGGCUCCUCCCGAGGUACAAUGGAAGUUGAUGAGGAAAACAACACAUCGCCUUCAGCAGAAGAAUCUUCAAUUGCAGUGCCUAAUGGUCAGGCCGUGGCGGGUACUGUUAGCAUCCCUCCCCUUCCACCAGUCCAGCCAAUCGUUCCAGCCCUUAUCCCACCUGCAGCUGUGCCUCCUAUUGCUCCAAUUCCUGCAAUUGCCCCUGUUGUCCGCCCAUUGGCACCUCUACCUGUUCGACCACCUGUCUUUAAGCCACCUGUGCAACAAAAUGGUGAGGCAAGGACUAGUGACUCAGACUCAGAGGAUGAUGAUGCUGGACAAGCUACUGGUGGUGAAUAUGAAAUUUCAGAAGAGAGCAGAUUGGUUAGAGAGCGGCAGGAGAAAGCAAGGCAGGAACUUUUGAUGAAGCGACGUGCAUCUGCAUUGGCAGUGCCUACUAAUGAUAUGGCUGUCCGGGCUCGUCUUCGCCGGCUUGGUGAACCUAUAACUCUUUUUGGAGAAAGAGAGAUGGAAAGACGGGACAGGUUGCGGAUGAUUAUGGCACGGUUGGAUGCUGAAGGGCAGUUGGAGAAGCUGAUGAAAGCUCAUGAGGAAGAAGAGGCUGCGGCUUCUGCUCCAGCAGAGACUGAUGAGGAAGAAAUUGAAUAUCCUUUUUAUACAGAGGGCCCAAAGGAGCUUUUAGAUGCUAGAAUUGAGAUUGCAAAGUACUCUAUAGCAAGGGCAGCUGCACGUCUUCAACGUGCAAAGAGGAGAAGGGAUGAUCCAGAUGAAGAUAUGGAUGCUGAAGUAGAUUGGGCCCUGAAGCAGGCAGGAAGUUUGAUUCUUGAUUGCAGUGAAAUUGGGGAUGAUCGACCACUCUCUGGCUGUUCCUUCUCGUAUGAUGGAAAACUGCUUGCCACCUGUUCCUUGAGCGGAGUUGCCAAAUUAUGGACAAUGCCUCAGUUAAAUAAGUUUUGUACCUUAAAGGGACACACAGAACGUGCAACUGAUAUUGCAUUUUCUCCGGUGCAUGAUCAUUUAGCGACUGCCUCUGCUGACCGGACAGCAAGGUUGUGGAAAACUGAUGGAUCUCUCCUGAGAACCUUUGAGGGCCAUCUGGAUCGCCUUGCGCGUAUUGGCUUCCAUCCUUCAGGGAAAUACCUUGGCACAACAAGCUUUGAUAAAACAUGGAGACUUUGGGACAUAGAUACUGGUGUUGAGUUGCUGCUCCAGGAGGGUCAUAGUAGGAGUGUCUAUGGGAUUGCCUUCCACCAUGAUGGAUCAUUAGCUGCUUCCUGUGGACUUGAUGCCCUUGCGCGGGUAUGGGAUCUUCGCACUGGGAGAAGUGUACUUGCUUUGGAAGGCCAUGUGAAGCCGGUACUUGGUGCCAGCUUCUCACCCAAUGGCUAUCAUUUAGCCACUGGUGGUGAAGAUAACACUUGCCGGAUAUGGGAUUUGAGGAAGAAGAAAUCCUUGUACAUUAUACCAGCACAUCAAAAUCUUAUAUCAGAAGUGAAGUUUGAGCCCCAAGAAGGCUACUACUUGCUCACUGCUUCCUAUGACAUGACUGCUAAGGUUUGGUCAGGCCGAGAUUUUAAGCCAGUCAAAACCUUACAGGGUCAUGAAGCUAAAGUCACUGCUUUAGAUAUUAAUGGAGAUGCCCAACAUAUUGUGACCGUCUCUCAUGAUCGAACAAUAAAGCUAUGGGCCAUCGCCAGUGACAGAAACCAGGAUAUGGAUUUGGAUUGAGUAAUUCCUGAACUCUUCUAGUAAUGUCUAAGAUUGGGGAGAUUGUUGUAAUGUCUGUGUCUCGAGAAUUUUUGUUUUCCAAGUGAAUCAAAAGUAGGUUUUUUCUUGCGACACCAGACAAAUUUGAGGUCAACAAUUUUACAACAUGGAUGUAGUCUACUGGUCUGUACCAGCGAGAAACGAAGGGAAUACAAGUUUUUAACAUUGAGGUCUAUAAUCAUUUGGCAUUUUCAGGAUUGGAUUCGAACUAUUAUUUUCUGAUGUGGAAAAUACGAAACUAAUAAUAAUGAGGGUUUUCU